AUGUCAAUCCCAACUUUCAUUCGCGAUGUUGAACUUAUUGGACAACAACUCUUUGAUCACACACCAGCAGUUCAAGCUGAACUUGAUAUUUUCGUGGAAAGGUUUGAGAAGAAUGAGAGACAUCGAGAGUUUGAUGGUAUACUCAGAGCUAGUCAUGCGCUUGUGGAAGCAGCAGAAACUCCAGUAGAGGCUUUGUUCGACGCGAAUAAAAUGAAGAACCUCACAAAUGAUAUUGAUGGAGUAACAGAAAGAAUAACUAAACUAACGAAACCAGUAUAUGAGAAGGAACAUGAGGAAUAUCUAAAUGAAAUCAAGAGAACGCAAAAGGAAUAUGCAGACUUAUGUAGAGCUGAAGCUCAAAAGAAAAUGAAAGCGAGUUCCCGAUAG